AUGUUCGAGAAGCGCGAUGAUACAUUUGAUAAUGAGAUCGAGGUCUAUCACAUCCGUUGUGAUGCCAUGUCCGUUAACGUGUCGGCCUGCUUAUCUAUUUUUAAGGGCGGAGCCGCCAACACUAUUGUCAAGAUGCCAAAGGGUAUCGGUGCUGGUCUAUAUGCGCGUGUUAUUAGUCUUGUACCCCUUGGAACUCAGAAGCGCGAUAUCUCUGCUCGGUCUUUAUUAGAUACGUAUGAGUUGACAGUUGACUACGAUUUCUAA